GGCCGCGCGCCGACCCGGCCAGUUGUCACACGGCAGCCGAGCGAGAAAGACGCGGCCUAAACGACCAGCGUGUUCUCAAAAACUUUACGCGACUAACAACUGCAGUACACAAAAACAUUUUAACUGAGAGUGUUUAGUUGCAAGUUCUAGUGUUGUGAUAGUGAUGACAUUGUUUCGGAACAAUAGUCUCUCAUGUCUCCUGGACAAACUUUGAUGUCAGGGAUGGACGCGAGAGACCGACUAGUGGAGGAGAUUGUACUCCUAGCGCUAUUCCUGGUGUCGACUGCUGCUAACUCGUUGGCAUUACUUGUGUUCUGCCGACGCCCAGGAUUAAGAACUAUUUCUAAUCGGUUCGUCAUCAACCUGCUCGCGACGAAUCUGUUGACGACCUCCCUGCUUGCGCCCGCGCUGUUCGGCGAGCACUCGGCGAGGGAGGAGGACACGGGCUCGUGGGUGGAGGCGGGCGAUGCGGCGGCGGCGGCCUGCAGCCUGUCCGCGCUGCUGUCCGUCAUGCUGAUCGCGCUGGACCAGCACCACGCCGUGACGGACCCGCUGCGCUGCCACACACGCCUGCUGCAGCGCCGCCCCGCCGCACUGUGCGCCGCCACCUGGCUGGCCGCCGCCUGCGCCGCCGCCCUGCGUGCCGCCAUCGCCCUCGUGCGACACUUCUGCCCGCUCGAGCCCGCCGUGCAAGGAGUCGAGCUCGCCUACUACAUAGUGUACUUAAUACUAGGAGUCAUCACACCCAUCGCCAUUGUGUGCAUCAUGUAUGCAAGAAUAUACCGUGCGGCGCGCUCCUCGGGGCUCCGAGCGCGAGCGCAUGGCGCCAGCGCGCUGCAGCUUCACGAACCUCCCACGAUCUUACCAGAUCUCGCUGAGGAGGUGGAGGGACUCACCCUCAAAAUCGACGGACCUGAAACUUCCGUGACCAUGGAGAAUGACAGGAAAUUCGGGCCAUUCCUAUUACCACCCGAACGUCCUGUACGUUGUCCUUCAGUUGCCAGUCUACGCAAUUCAAGAAAAGAAGGCAAGUCUAACGAAGAUCUGAGGAAAGGGUUGCCGGCGGUGAGCUCGGCACCACUGUUGGCCGCACCAAUGCUGGCAGUGCAGCCCCGCACGCCACAACCCUCACAUAAUGGAUCUAGAAUCACAUCGAUCAGAUGCCGCAUCUCAAACGCGUCUCUGUUCCGAUAUAGAGAAGAAUCUCGCGCGGCCCGCGUGGGGCUGCUGACCGGCGCCCUGGUGAUGCUGCACGUGCCGCACGCCGUGGCGGCUGUAGUCUCCGCCGUGUUGCCCGGCCUGGCGGAAUGCGCGCGCACUCCGUCACUAGCGCUGCUACUACUGUCGUCAGCGCUGUCACCGUUCCUGUUCGCGCUGCGCUCGCGGCGCGUGCAGAGGGAGGCGCGCAGACUGCUUCUGCCUGAGAAGAGCGCGUGGGAGCGGGCGUCGGGCGUGGCGUCGGCGGCGGCGGCGGACGGGCAGCGCGCCCGCGCCGCGCUGGAGCUGCUGCGCACGCUGUCGCCAGGCAGCAGCGCGCCCGAGGCGGCGGCGGGCGGGGAGGCCUGCCGCGGCUCCUUCAGCUCGGGCGGCAGCACGCAGCUGUCCUCCGCCUCGGACGAGUGACCGGCGCCUCGCGCGCCCGCGCCGCCCUCCUCGCGGGUGCGCUUCGCCCCGCGACCCACCGCUCUACUCAUCUGUGAUACUAGGCUAAGCCGCAACGCGCUCGGCGCGACCGUUAGACUGAUUUAGUAUUAAGUUAAUUUAUUGUGUCCAUGUACCUUUCCGCUGAGCGGAGCCAAUUUUUAUUACCUGAUAUAAUUGUAAGAGAAUAAAAAAGUAUUGAAUUUA